GCGGCGGGCCGAUGCGGUCGUGUUGCGCUGCACGUGUCUUUAUAGUUACUUUAGAUUUAUAAUUUGAGUAUGGACAGUUAACUUAUAUAAGUAAUUUGAUAUAAUAUUUGUGACGGAACAUUUGAACGAGUAGUGUACAUUGACUAUAAUCUGAUAACCUCGCUUAUCAAGAUCAUUAGACUACUGAUGUGCGUUUUAUGAUAUUGGAAUAGCGGCAAUGGAGAUGUCGUACCAAGGAGGAGCGGAGGCCGAAAGCCUUCUGCGACCAGAUCAGAGGAAUGCCGUCGUCAUGCCUACGGGAGCGAGAGCAGGUUGGGAGGCAGAGGAGAAGGCGCCGUUCCUUCGCAACGAGCCGGUCAAACUCACGCCGGCCUGGGAGGGCUCCAACCUGCCCAAUGACACCCUCAACCUCAAAGGUAUAGCCAUGGACCUAACUCCACCAAAGGACCGAUGGCACCUCAUCUACAUAACCCUCUUGAUACACGGGCUCGGCACGCUCACAGCUUGGAAUAUGUUCAUCACAGCCAAGGAUUACUUUACCACUUACAAGCUAGUUAAUUCGGGAUACGACCGCAAGUACAUGGACUACACGGGGCUCGCCGCACAGAUACCCAACUUCUUGUUCAGCUGGUUCAACGUGUUCGCUAAGAUGGGCGGAAACCUGACUACGCGCAUCGUGUGGUCACUCAGCAUGGAGGUGCUGAUUUUCGUGUUCACCAUCGUGAUGGCCAUGGUGGACAGCAGCCAGUGGCCGGGGAUUUUCUUCUGGCUGACACUCGUUUCUAUCUUCGUGUUGAACAGCUGCAACGCAAUCUUCCAAAACUCCGUCUACGGAGUCGCGGCCCGCCUCCCGCCGCAAUACACCGGCGCCGUUGUCCUCGGUUCUAACGUCUGUGGCACCUUGGUAGUGCUAGUGGAGUGGGCCUCCGCUAGCAUUGGAGGCAGUAAGCGGACGGCGGCUAUCUACUAUUUCAUCGCUGGGAUGUUCGUGCUACUAAUAUGCUUCGAUACUUACUUCGCGAUGCCUUUAAACAGAUUCUACCGCUACCACGACACACUACAACAGCGCACAUUGCGCGUGAAUCCGGCGCUGGCCGCCACUGGACAAGAAGACACAAAGACGAAAAUACCAUACAAAACCAUCUUUAGGCAAUCCUGGGUCCAACUUUAUAAUAUAUGGCUCGUGUUCUUCGUGUCGCUAGCUGUGUUUCCCAGUGUGCAUUCAGAUGUGAAAGCCAGCACACCAGGUUUCCUCGGAGACAACUUCAUGAGGCUCACCUGCUUUCUGACCUUCAAUCUUACUGCCAUGAUUGGAAACAUCACUGCCAGUUUGUUCCCAUAUCCCACAAAACGUUGGCUGUCCGUCUUCACGACCGUCCGUCUGGUCUUCAUACCGUUCUUCCUGCUCUGCAACUACCAACCUAAACUAGAAGAAGGCGUGACGCGGACGCUGCCGGUGCUAAUCAACAGUGAUAUUGUGUACUGGAUCGGCGCAGUGCUGUUAGGAUGGAGUUCUGGACAUGGCAGCUCGUUGGGGAUGAUGUAUGUUAGCGGCACGGUGGCGCCCGAGCACGCGGCGACGGCCGGCAUGCUGGGCGGCGCCACGCUCGUGACCGGCAUCACGAGCGGGCUGCUGUUCGCCUUCGCCGCGCCCGCGUCGCUCGUCACCGCCGCGCUGUGGCGCGCCGCCUAGCGCUGGCCCGCCUACCUGCACGCCCUGGCCACUGUCGCGGUGAGACUUGUCGCACACUGAUACUCGUACGGGGGUUAGGCCACAGGGACCGACAGUGAACUAUCCGUCUAGUUACUAGACGACUAAAAAGUGACCGGCGUUCCUGCGUGAGUGUUGCGAAGGAUCACGUUUUAAUAUAUAGAUCGAAUCCGAUGAACUCUUCGAGAUAGUAAUCUAUGGAUGGCAGCUGAAACGGUGUUCGAUGUUGCUAUACUGUCCGCAUACCGAGCGAAAUCAUAGUACCGUCUCUUUCAGUCCUCCGAUUAUGGAAGUAUGAAUGAGAAAUUUUACGACCGUCGUCAGUUUGAUUUGCGGAUAGUGUAGCUGUUUGAUCACUUGUUAAUAUACACUUGACAUCCUACAUAACCUUUCGUGAACAAUAUUCGUCACACUAGUAACAGUCGCGAUUCAAGAAUCACGAUGUUCGACUAAACGGCGUUUAGCAUUAAAAAGUGUCGCCUUUUUAAAGGUCCUAUAUUGUGUAUGGUGCGUAAUUAUUCGUUUUAAUUCAUUCGUAAACGAUAAAAACUAUUUAACAAAGCAGUUUCCUAGUUGCAUUUUUCCAUAUUACUAAUAUGAAAUAAACACUUUUUAUCAUUUACUAAUGUCUACUUUUACCAUUUAAUACUUCUACCUUUACUAAUACACACACUGAAAAACAUAAUCAAUGCUCAUUAUAUAAAUUUGAAAUAUGUAUAUUGUGAUCAAGUUCGAACCAGUUGUGUUGCGAGAUUGAAAGAUGCUAUUAAAGAUAUGACUAUAACUAGAGUGUAUGAAAGUAAAUAUAUAAAAGACAAAGAAUAAACGAUUUUAAAAUAGUGUAUAAGUGUUCCUACUUCAAAAAAAAAACAAUUUUGAUAAAUAACUUGAAUCUGUCAAAUAAAAUGAAUCAGUAACACUACGUCAUAUACAUAAAUUGUGACAAAAUUGAAUUAAAUUAAAUUAAUUAGUUGAAACUAAUUAGUUUAAUCAUCCUUAGGAUCACUUAAUUAAUAUUUUUUUAACUGGUACGCUUUGGUCAAAUCCAACUGACUCAGUUGAAAAAAGGAAAUACUUUUUAUAACUAGCAACAUUUUAAAAUCAUUUCUUGCUGUUUAAUAUUAUUAGACGGAUAUAAGAGCGAAAUUAUGACAUAUUCAGAUAAACUGAAAUAGAUAUCAUACACUAAAGAAAAAGUGACCAAGUCCACUGGUUUAUAAUUUAUACACAUAUGUGUGACUACUUGUAAAACACAAAUAAAAAUAUUUCAUAAAAUAAUUUGAUUUGCUCCCUAGUUACAUAUUCAGAUAACUUAAUUCAUAUUCGGAAUUAAAUAAAAUGUAUAUAUUGAGAAGCAAAUUGCAUGGGAAUAAAAUAUAAUACAAUGUAUAUAGAAAAUAAAUAAUCGUAUGCUAAAUGGGCUCGAAGACAAUCGCCAGACGAUAUUAAGACUACAUAAGAGAAAUAAAAAUGGGUAUAAUUAUAUGCUCUGAAAAAAAAAGCUAUACUAAGUUAAUUUUGGUACUUCUAACCAGAUAUGUCUGUCAACAGUCAACACAUUCAGUGCCAGCGCAAGCUACGCGCUACGAGCGUAGCCAAUGACACGGGAAAACCCGUAUGAAGCGAAAAGCGCUUACGGACAGAACCCGCCUAGCGGGUCGCUGGCAGUGAAUGUGUUAAUAAAAUUAAUGGAAGAUGUUCCUUAAACAUUACUACUAUGAGAUAAAUAUUUGUCUCGAACAGGAUUCGAACCUGCAAGCUUCCGCCACACGAAGGCGGUCGCUCUAAGCCAAGUGAGCUACCGCGUGCCUACGCGAGUCGACGAAUUUAAAUUAAAUGUUGCUCUGAUUAUUCUAAUUGUACCCAUUAUUAUUACUUUUUACUAAAAUUCAUGCUUGUGCUUCUAUAAUUCUAUUAUAUGUAUAAUAUGACUACGGAUAGUAUAAUGACAAGUGUUUGUAUACACCUGUCUUGUAUAUGAUAUACAUAAUGUUAAGUUUGUAAGUCUAUAGAAAAAUUUAUUAUAGUUAGUACAAAGCAGUUGAAGCAAGUAUUGUUCGAAGGAAAAGGCUAUGUUGCAAUAAGAAAGUUAUAAAAUGUUAUUAUUACUUCAAUUUUAAAUUUGAUUGACUUGAAAACAAAUAUUUUGUCCAGAAUUUCGUUACAAUUACAAUAUUUUAUUUCCUCAGAUUUUGUUGUUUUAAAUUAGCAUGUUAUAUGAUUGCAGUUUUUAAUGGAUAUAAAAUAAGGUUUCGUGGGGUAAGUGCGCCUUUUCUACAAAUAUAAUCAUGGACAGAGGUACUUUCACAGUAGGUUCACAUUGUCUAUUUGAUUUUGUAAGUGCCUUUUACCUGUAUUUGUAUUUCUGUAAAGGGUGUUUUAGGCGAAGUGAGUUAACCUCUAUAAAAACGAGGCAAAAAACCCAAAUUAAACAAAAAUAAUCCAGACAUAGUUAUAAUACAAAUAAUUAUUAUAAAGAUGACAUAUGUAAUUUUUUCUCAGUUCAUCUGUACCCUACCUAACCUUACCAAACGCACACUGUUUUUAUGAAACACUACUAACUAACUAUACUUAUAUUACACUAAUAUAGUAACAGGCAAGUGAAUGGCGCUUAUAUACUCAUAUAUAUCUAUAGCCGACUGCCUGAUUAAGCUUUGACUACAAUUAUAGUAGUUUAAGUAUGGUUUAAAUAAAGGGACUCCAGUUAAACUAGAAACUGUUAAAGUACAAGAUUAGUCACAAUUCUUUUGUAAUUUUUUAUAUUUUUGUUUACAAUUAUAAAAUCGAAAUAUGUAGUUUAAUUGUAGUGCCUUUUUUGAACACCGGCUGGAUUCCUCAUAACAUAUAUUUUGGGUAUGUUUUAUAGACUGAGCUAAUGUUAUGUUAAGUAAUUGAUACGGAUUAGAUUAAGGUUUAGUCCGAUGAGGAAGGGUGCCCGUUGACUGUUGUGUUCAGUAUGUUUGAGACCAAAUAUCUUUUUUAGUUAGGCGAAUCCACACAGAACGUGCCGCUUUGCAAGGAAAUUGCCACGCGAAGCACAGUCAGUGUAGACAUGCUUCGCCCGAGGCAUCGCCGCUGCACAUACAUUUUCCUCGCGAGGCCUCUCGUACUGUGUGUACCCGCCUAUUGACUAGAAAUUUCAAAGUAAUUUUACUUUUAUCACUGCAAAUUCAUAGUUGAAAUGCGUUUUACUAUUUUGUAUUGCCAGUUAAUUUAUUGUACAGUCGAUGACACAAUUAACUGACUAUUUGAAACCGAGAGGUCGAAAAUUAUCAGUUGAGAGUGUUUUAUUUAAGUACUCAAUUAUUUUUAGCAACGAUCGUGUUCGCCUGAACAUUUGCAUUUCGACAUUUUAAGUUGUGAGUUUUUUAUGUGAUAGUAAAUGUUUUUUAUUUA